AUGGUGAAAUUUGGUUUUCUGGAUAGCCUGCGAAAUAUUUGGCCCUUUUCAAUACCUGAAAGCAUCAGUGACAUGAGGGAAUCAAGGGAGCUUGUUAGCAGACUUUCAGUGCCUGAGAGUACAAAGAACUUUGUGUUUGCAAUCAGAGUCCCUGAGCAUGAUUCAACUAUUUACAUACUUUCUGCUCAGAAUCUAUCUCAGAGAUCUGUCACUGAUGCCGAGUGUCUUAUACGGGAAAUCCGCCCUGAUGCAGUAGUGGCUCAACUAAACAACUCAGGAUUUGGAGAAGCUCUGGUUGAUGAGAGUGUGUUAUUAGGAGAUAGCUCAACUGAUUAUAUCCCAACGUCAGUUUUUAAAGUUGUUAAACAGUGUUUUGUAGACAAGGUUAACGAAGAACAUUACAAAAUUGUUGCAGGGAACUUGGUUUUGAGGGAGAUUUUUGGAACAAGUGUUAAAGGGCAUCUACUGGCUGCCAAAAGAAUGGCUGAGGAGGUUGGUUCAUCGUUUCUAGUACUUGAAUCUCCUUUUGUUAUGCAAGGUCUAGCUAAAUGUCUCAUACCACAAGAUUAUGGCUCUGCAUAUUUUCCAAACUCGAUAAGGUUUCUGAUAGCCAAUGAUGCACAUAUGCCUAAAUUGCUACCAUCGCAUAUCACAUCAAGAUGCCUUGCCAAUGAAGUAGUGUCCAAUGAGAUAGUACUGUCCGAUACUGAUGUGGUUCCACCAUUUGCUGAAUCAAUUUAUUGCUUACUUGUUCAUCUUCAUGACAUAUAUAAGGGUCAAAAAUGCAUUAAGAAAGCUCUAGCCAGUGCCAGAAAGAUGUUGUGUGAUGUAAACAGAGGAGAAUUCAUGGAUCCAGAGGUUAUUUCUGAUGUUUACUAUUUCCAGAUUGCAGUUGAAGGUAUAAGGAUUGGUUUGAACAAUGCUGGUCGGCUAAACCUAGGAUGGUCAAGCCGAACCCACCAAGUUCAGUUUUCGCAGCUCUCUUGUACGGACAAAGCUUAUGCACUUAUGGCAGAUCAUCUUCGUAGUCAGGCUAAAAAGUUUAAGAAGAUAGUAGCAGUAGUAGAUGCAUGUAACCUCGCAGGUCUUAGGAGACACUGGAGAACUUGUGUUCCUCAAGAAGUCAAAGAUAUGUCUGACGAUUGUGAUUCAAAGCUAAAACGACUGUUAUCUGGUAAUAAACCGGUGGGAGCAGGUGCUUUAUCACUAUCCAAGGCCAUUUCUGCUUCUCCUUUCUUCAAGAUUCUAACUUUGAAAGCCCCAGCUCCAUCGAACCUAUUCUUGACACAGAGUACUCAUAAGGCAAUGUCAUUUGCGUUUACCAAAAUGGCGUAUCCCUCCUCACAAGUAACGGCCCCGGUUUUUCCUAGUUCUAGAGCCAAAACAACGUCUUUGUUGAAAGCAUAUUUGAUCGGAGCAGUAACACAGAGUAUUAUAUUUUCUGCUGAAAAGACGAGCUUCUCUGCCAUGGGAGCUGCAUUCUCAGAGAUAAUGCGGAAAAGAGGAGAAAAACCUAUUGGCGCCUUACCGUUGGCGACGUUUGGAGCCAGUCUUGGAGCUUGUGCGGGAUUGCUCUGCUAUGAAAAGAGGAUCAAAUGUGCAGCUGUGUCUCUUCCUUCUGCUCCUUCGAUUGCAAAAUUGGGUCUAGGGAUUCAGAAGUUACGUGAGGCGUCUCUGGAAGUGAGAAGCAGAGAAAACAACAGGAUACAUAACACAAUCGAGGCUCUUAGGCAUAGGCUCAACAAGUUCACGCUUUUUCUAUGA